UUCCAAGUCUUUUGCUUUGGUGGAGUUGGAGCUGACGCGUUGCAGCGAGAUAAUCUGCCUGAACAUACCAUGCCUACUAGAGAGAUUCAGCCGGCUGACUGUAUUUGAGUGCAGCAAUCUGAAAAUGGUAAAGAGUAAUGCUCCAAACUUAACCACUCUUAGCUUUACUGGUAACCCAGUAGAAUUCACACUAUCCCAAGUGAAGGAGCUACAGAUGGACUGUUCAGACGUGUCCAACUUCAUCUGUUAUGCGAUUACCAAGCUUCCCUAUAGUUUUCCAAAUCUUAUUAGUCUUACCCUAUGUUCAGUUAAUGAGGGCGUUAAUACACCAACGGUAGCUGCCAAAUUUCUUCAUCUCAAGCACCUGAAAAUUUAUCUUGAAGCAGAUGAGGCAUUGCCUCCAGAAUAUGACUAUAUGUCUUUGGUUUCUUUUCUUGAUGCCUCUCCUGUUUUAGAGACUUUCAUCUUGAGUGUGCAACAGGAAGACAUAAAGCAUGGCCGUGUUUCUGAGGUUGCCUCAGAUAUGAGGCAGAUGCCUGAACACAAGCAUUCCAACCUCAAGAAUGUGAUGAUCCUUGGGUUCUGCACUGCAAAGAGCAUGGUUGAGCUAACAUGCCAUAUACUGGAUAAUGCAACAUCACUGAAAAGAAUUACAUUGGAUACCGUAUGUGAUUUCUCAGAUGAAUGUAAGAUUAGCAGGUGCUAUAUAACUUCUGCCCGCAGAACUGGUGACUGCACACCUCUAAGUAAUAAAAUGAUCUUGGAAGCAGAAAGAGGAACCAUGGCUAUUGAAAGGUACAUCCUGGGAAAAGUUCCCUCCACGGUUGAGUUAACCGUUCGUGGGCCUUGUACCCAUUGCCAUGUUACUAAAUAGGCCGAAAGAUCAUACUGAACUUUGUAUAGUUACAUGUGUAGUUAGGCAACACUCAAACUAAAUUAUCAGCAAUUCCUGUGGUUUAGUUCGUUUACAUCCCAUCUAUUAUGAUUCAUUUAUCCGUCUACAACUAGUCUUCUCCGUUCAUGAACAAACUCAUCCUCCUCGCUAUC